AUGACAGCUAAGAACAAGAGGAGCAGUCCGUCGAUGGAACAGCCACUUAGCGACGAUAGUAUUGAUGACAAUAAUAACAAUAACGAAAAUAUAAUUACUUAUCCAAUUGAAAACAUUGAAGAGAAAAGUGAGCUAAGAAUUAGCGAAACGCCGGACAAAUAUAAUCAACAGAUGGAUGAAUGGCUGAGACGAGAGUAUUAUGAGAACAUCGCUAAGGCUUUGGCGACUAUGAGAAGGAAACGAAGUGAAGAGGAGUUUGACUUUAAUCCAAAUAAUGAUGAAAACGAUGGCAUUAAUGCUAUCGAAGACUCGGAUUUUAUUGCAGACAACUUAAUAGCCAAUGACAUCAAAGAGAGUGAUAACGAGGAGACCAAUGAAAUAGAUAUCGAUUCCCAGCGUUUCUCUCGCAUUAAUACAAAACUUGAAUCCAUUGAAGACUCACUCCUUAGCGAAGCGAUUGGUUUAAUACGAGAGACGGCACAAAAGGGAUCGCAAUCUGAGGCCGAAAGUAAUAAAAUUGAAAACAGACUGAACGCCGCCUAUAAUAUUGAAGACAUGCGAACAAUAUUAGACGACUUACACAAAACUGUCGAUAAAAUCAAUGUUGAAAACGACAGGAAUAAUGAUUUGAUUGAAACAGCAAAUAGAGAAGUGGCCACAGAUUUGAUCGAUAAUCAAAUUGAUUACCAAAAUACCAAUGAUUUGGUGAACUCAUUAUCGAAAUCAGAAUCAGUGAACAAUUGUUUUGCAAUUGAGAUGUUUUCGAGUGAUUGCUCUUCAGUGGCAGAUCUGAUGCCAAACUCAAGACUUCGUGAAUCGUUUACAGAGGCGUGUAAUUGGCAUCACAUUUGCUACACAUGUGGAGAAGUUUAUGGACUAUUGUCUAGUGAUUGUGAUUCUGGUUUUCUGGAGGCCAGUCGUCUGGCCUGUAAUGACAGUCCUUCGUGUGAGACGUUCUCCCGACUCGUGUUAACGCCUUUACGACAAAGCCGUGUCUUUUAUAAAAGCUCUGUCCCUAAGACAUGCUUUCAAUACCAAUGUAUUAAAGAUUACUUAUUUGAUUCACAAAACAACAAACGCUAGAAAACCAUCUCAUUAUUUGCCCG